CGCGCGCCGCGGGAAACAAGACAAAGGUAUCAAGCCCGAGAGCCCGCCUCUUUCAGGAACCUUGAACGACGCGUGACUAGGUCAUCACAGGAAGAAAGGCCAUGGAAAAAAAAAUACAAUGGAGCCAAACCCCACCCCAUUUAGGCAGGCAGUUCUCAAUCAGGUCGGAACUUGGCCUAUAUACAAGCAACCGGGAGUUCACUUAGUUAUUUAGCAGUUCCGCUUACUCAUUAUGUCGGGUCGUGGCAAAGGAGGCAAGGGGCUGGGGAAAGGCGGCGCCAAGCGCCACAGGAAGGUGCUGCGAGACAACAUCCAGGGUAUCACCAAGCCGGCCAUCCGACGCCUGGCUCGGCGCGGCGGCGUGAAGCGCAUCUCCGGCCUCAUCUACGAGGAGACCCGCGGGGUGCUCAAGGUCUUCUUGGAGAACGUGAUCCGCGACGCCGUCACCUACACGGAGCACGCCAAGCGCAAGACCGUCACCGCCAUGGACGUGGUUUAUGCGCUCAAGCGCCAGGGCCGCACUCUCUACGGUUUCGGCGGCUGAGCUGUUUCUUCCCAUAGCACCGCCCUUUAGUAACCCAAAGGCUCUUUUAAGAGCCACCCACCUUGCCGUGAAAAGAGCUGUUACUCUGGUUGCAAGUGCAGUUUUGCCAGUCUUGACCAGCUGGUUGCGCUUUCCUCUUUCAGGGAAUCGGUUAUUAUUCUGCAACAGCAAGCAGUAGAUGGUUGUACUUGCCAGGAUGCGGCUCUCCCUCCCCUGGCUGUAGGUUGUCUGGGCGCCUCCUUAUUGUCUGACACUGAAACAAAAGAGCCGCUUCCUCUUCCAGAGAAGCUAGUUCCUGAGCGGGGUCGGGCACCGCUGCGUUACCUGAAGAAGUCGAGCCAAAGCGGGGGAAAACUUUCUCGGAGCUCCGAGCCGCCCGGCGCCUCCUGUCCUCCCGUGCGUGCCAAGGGACAAGCGCGGGGACGAGACCGGGGGAGGAGAAAGGGCCGGGACUGGCUGGAGUCACGGAUCGGGUUUCAUUUUCUCGUAGGGACGGGAGGAAAUGCAAGCGGGGCGGGGAGAAAGCUAGCCCAAGGCUGGAGGGGCAGGAGGGGG